AUGGCCAUAAAGAGCCGACCCCGCGCAGCAUACCCCGUCGGCCAGGGAAUUAUGCGUUUUCGACAUUUCAUUGUUCCGUCCCGUCGCAGUAGAGUGGUGGACGGUGGUCGUGAAACGCGACCGGCGACGGCAGCGCUGCACAGGAGGUAUAUAACUGUUCUCGGUUUCAUCGUUUAUCGUCAUUCGUUUUUCUUCGGUCCUCUCGAUUCCGUCUGUCCCGCCUUCGUUCUGUUCCCAGUUCUUACAAACCGCGUUCCGACGUCGCCGUCCGCGUGGACGCUGCUCUUGUCGAGCUACAUACUGAAGUUCUUGGAAAACAUAAUAUCGUCAUAA